CCCAGGGGUUCUCUACCACUGAAUCUUUCCAUAAAGAAAUACCAUAACUUUUAGCUAUCAUUCCUUUCUUCCCAUAUCCCCAGCCUUAGGCAAGUACUAAUCUUUCUCUGUUACUAGAGAGUUGGCUAUUCUAGGUAUUUCCAAUAAAAUGGAAUCAUACAACUCUUCCGGGUCUGGUUUAUUUCACUUAGCAUAAUGUCUUUUAAGGUUUGUCCAUGUUGCAGUAUUUAUCAGAACAUCAUUCUUUUUUACAGCUGAAUAAUAUUCCACUGAAUGGAUAUACCAUAUUUGUUUAUCCAUUAAUCAGUUAAUGAACAUGUGGGUUGUUUCUGCCUUUUAGAAAUUAUGAAUAAUACUAUUAUGAAUAGUUGGAUGUCUAUUUUUGAGUCCUUUUACAUGAAGUUGAAGAUAAUUAAAUUUUAACAAAAAAUUCUAUUUUUUCAACCUGUUCUAAACUCUAAAAUUCUCAUAAUGUGCCUGUAAGCUGGUGAAAAGUUUUAUGAACAAAAAGGCUUGAAAGAAUGUGAGUGAAUAAAAAACAUUCCUGUAAUUAAUGUGGUUUCUAAUUACAAAAUAGCAUUAACGUUAGAGAAUUGAUGGCAAUGAAUGGCUUCCUCCAAUUGAAUAGCAUAUGACAACUCGGUCUAUCAUUAAAGCCUAUUACAUAGCUUAGUUGGAAGUAUUCCUAGUUAGUGUUUUAACUAUAAACUCAACAAGUUGAUUUAGAACAUGGUAGUAGAACAUGGUAGCAGAAAAUCGUGUACAUUUUCAGAUUACAAUGUACUUCACAUUUAGUAAGAUAGGACAUUUCCGUUGUGACAACUGACAUUAAGCAUGCCAGUGUAAAAUAGUACUGGGUCAUAUAAAAAUCUCACAGGAUAUAUUCUUUCUAUUGAGAACUGAGAAAUUUUGUAAUUAUGAUCCUGUAAAAUGAGUGAUAGUUUUUAAAAGCCACUGUGGAUAUUUUUCAACUAAUAAAAGAAUGAAGUAUAUGGCAUUUAGCUUCGGAUGGAAGGAUUAACUCUUACAGAUAAUGACUGCAUCUCAAUUUCUACUGGAUUAUCCUAAUUGUAAAUGGUGUCUAUUGGAGUUUACAGUUUUUAAGAGUCCUUUAUGGAUAACUAACUUCAUUAAAAACUUCAUGUUCCUCAUCUGUAGAGCUUUAUAUUGUAAUAUCACAUGUCUACUUAUUAAUAGACAGGGCUGUCACACAAUUUUGAAAUUGAGAGGUCUAAUUCUUCCAUCCAUUUGGUGGGGAAGUAUCCAACAACCAUCAGUUGUAAUCCCAGUAAGCACCGCCAGGGCCAGACGCGAGAGGCAUCACUUCCAUCUUUACCAGGAGUCUUGGAAAUCAACACCAUGACGUCCACCGAAGACGACCAGAAAUUGCCUUCAACCCUGUUUGGUGCAUCUUUGGCAGAAAGUGAGAAGGAAAACACCCUGAUUGUUCUUUGGCAUGGACACAAGUUCAGUGGGAGCAUUAGAACUGACUGAGCAGACUCCUGUUUUAUUGGGAAGUACGGCCAUGGCAACUGGUCUCACAAAUGUAGGAAAUUCAUUUAGUGGUCCACCCAAUCCUUUAGUGUCUAGAUCUAAUAAAUUUCAAAACUCAUCAGUGGAAGACGAUGAUGAUGUUGUUUUUAUUGAACCUGUACAACCUCCCCCACCUUCUGCACCAGUGGUAACUGAUCAAAGAAACAUAACAUUUACUUCGUCAAAAAAUGAAGAAUUACAAGGAAAUGAUUCCAAAAUUACUUCUUCCUCAAAAGAGUUGGCUUCUCAGAAGGGAAGUGUAAGUGAGACAAUUGUCAUUGAUGACGAAGAGGACAUGGAAACAAAUCAAGGGCAAGAAAAAAAUUCCUCCAAUUUUAUAGAACGGAGACCUUCUGAGACUAAAAAUAGAACCAAUGAUGUGGAUUUCUCUACUUCCAGUUUUUCAAGAAGUAAGGUAAAUUCAGGAAUGGGUAAUAGUGGUAUCACCACAGAACCUGACUCUGAAAUUCAGAUUGCUAAUGUUACCACCUUAGAAACAGGUGUAAGCUCUGUGAAUGAUGGCCAAUUAGAAAAUACUGACGGGAGAGAUAUGAACUUAAUGAUUACACAUGUAACAUCACUGCAGAAUACCAACUUGGGAGAUGUCUCUAACGGACUGCAGACAAGUAAUUUUGGUGUUAAUAUACAAACAUACACCCCAUCUUUAACUUCACAGACCAAGACUGGAGUAGGACCUUUUAAUCCUGGUAGAAUGAAUGUGGCAGGAGAUGUAUUUCAGAAUGGAGAAUCUGCAACUCAUCAUAAUCCUGAUUCUUGGAUCUCCCAGUCAGCAUCAUUUCCCCGUAAUCAGAAACAAACAGGGGUGGAUUCUUUAUCACCAGUGGCCUCACUUCCUAAACAGAUUUUUCAGCCUUCUGCCCAACAGCAACCCACUAAACCAGUUAAAGUUACUUGUGCAAACUGCAAAAAACCUUUACAGAAGGGACAGACAGCUUAUCAACGAAAAGGAUCAGCUCAUCUCUUUUGUUCGACUACCUGCCUUUCUUCCUUCUCCCACAAGCCUGCUCCAAAGAAACUCUGUGUUAUGUGUAAAAAAGAUAUAACUACGAUGAAAGGAACCAUUGUUGCUCAAGUAGAUUCAAGUGAGUCCUUCCAGGAAUUCUGUAGUACAUCUUGUUUGUCUCUUUAUGAAGACAAACAGAAUCCUACUAAAGGAACUCUAAAUAAAUCAAGAUGUACAAUCUGUGGUAAACUAACAGAGAUUCGCCAUGAAGUUAGCUUUAAAAAUAUGACUCAUAAACUGUGCAGUGACCACUGCUUUAAUAGAUACAGAAUGGCCAAUGGUCUCAUAAUGAAUUGCUGUGAACAGUGUGGAGAAUAUUUGCCCAGUAAAGGUGCUGGAAAUAAUGUUCUGGUGAUUGAUGGUCAGCAGAAACGAUUUUGCUGUCAAAGUUGUGUCAGUGAAUACAAACAGGUAGGUAGCCAUCCAAGCUUCCUGAAGGAGGUUCGUGAUCACAUGCAGGAUUCUUUCUUAAUGCAGCCUGAGAAAUAUGGAAAACUGACAACUUGUACUGGUUGCCGGACUCAGUGCAGGUUUUUUGAUAUGACUCAGUGUAUAGGUCCUAAUGGAUAUAUGGAGCCAUAUUGUUCAACUGCUUGCAUGAAUAGUCACAAGACAAAAUAUGCAAAAUCACAAAGUUUGGGAAUUAUUUGCCAUUUUUGUAAGCGAAACUCUUUACCUCAAUACCAAGCCACAAUGCCUGAUGGAAAACUGUAUAACUUUUGCAAUUCCAGUUGUGUGGCUAAGUUUCAGGCUCUAAGCAUGCAGUCAUCUCCAAAUGGCCAAUUUGUAGCACCAAGUGAUAUUCAGUUGAAAUGCAACUACUGUAAAAAUUCCUUUUGUUCAAAACCAGAAAUCCUGGAAUGGGAGAACAAAGUGCAUCAGUUCUGCAGCAAAACUUGUUCAGAUGACUAUAAGAAGUUGCAUUGCAUAGUUACAUAUUGCGAAUACUGUCAAGAGGAGAAGACUCUUCAUGAAACAGUAAAUUUCUCUGGCGUUAAGAGACCUUUCUGUAGUGAAGGCUGCAAACUAUUAUACAAACAGGAUUUUGCAAGGCGUUUAGGAUUAAGGUGUGUUACCUGCAACUAUUGUUCUCAGCUGUGUAAGAAGGGAGCAACUAAAGAACUUGAUGGUGUUGUGAGAGAUUUCUGCAGUGAAGACUGCUGUAAAAAAUUUCAGGAUUGGUACUAUAAGGCUGCAAGGUGUGACUGUUGUAAAUCUCAAGGAACUCUUAAAGAGCGAGUGCAGUGGCGUGGGGAAAUGAAACACUUUUGUGAUCAACACUGCUUGUUACGUUUUUAUUGUCAACAAAAUGAGCCCAACAUGACAACUCAGAAAGGACCUGAAAACUUACAUUAUGAUCAGGGCUGUCAGACAUCCAGAACCAAAAUGACCGGUUCAGCACCACCCCCUUCUCCAACACCAAACAAAGAGAUGAAGAACAAAGCAGUUCUUUGCAAACCUUUAACAAUGACAAAAGCUACUUACUGUAAGCCUCACAUGCAGACCAAAUCUUGUCAGACAGAUGAUAAUUGGAAGACAGAAUACGUUCCAGUGCCUAUUCCCGUGCCUGUGUAUAUCCCAGUACCUAUGCACAUGUACAGCCAGAAUAUUCCUGUUCCUACUACAGUUCCUGUUCCUGUGCCCGUUCCUGUUUUUCUGCCUGCUCCAUUGGAUAGCACUGAGAAAAUUCCAGCUGCAGUUGAGGAGCUAAAAAGCAAAGUUUCUUCAGAUCCUCUUGAUACUGAGUUGCUUACAAUGACAGAUAUGAUGAAUGAAGAUGAGGAGAAAACAGAGGCAUCCAACAUCAAUAGUGUAAUUAUCGAAAGUGAUAUAAUUGGUUCAGAUCUCAUUAAAAGCUCUGACUCAGAGACACAGUCCAACAUGCCUGAUGUGCCGUAUGAACCAGAUUUGGAUAUUGAGAUAGAUUUUCCCAGAGCUGCUGAGGAGCUUGAUAUGGAAAAUGAGUUUUUAUUACCACCUGUUUUUGGAGAAGAAUACGAGGAACAGCCCAGACCUCGAUCUAAAAAAAAGGGAGCCAAGAGAAAAGCUGUAUCAGGAUACCAGUCUCAUGACGAUAGUUCUGAUAAUUCAGAAUGCAGCUUUCCUUUCAAAUACACAUAUGGUGUGAAUGCUUGGAAACACUGGGUCAAAACUAGGCAACUUGAUGAAGAUCUUCUAGUAUUAGAUGAGCUGAAAUCUUCUAAAUCAGUAAAGUUAAAAGAAGAUCUACUGUCUCAUACUACAGCUGAGCUUAACUAUGGGUUAGCUCAUUUUGUCAAUGAGAUCCGACGACCAAAUGGAGAGAAUUAUGCACCUGACAGCAUCUAUUAUCUCUGCCUUGGAAUACAGGAGUACUUGUGUGGUAGUAAUCGAAAGGACAACAUAUUUAUUGAUCCAGGAUACCAGAUGUUUGAACAAGAAUUGAAUAAAAUACUACGAAGUUGGCAACCAAGCAUACUUCCAGAUGGGUCAAUAUUCUCUCGAGUUGAAGAAGACUAUCUCUGGAGGAUAAAACAACUAGGAUCACACUCUCCAGUAGCUCUUUUGAAUACCCUGUUCUACUUUAACACUAAGUAUUUUGGCCUCAAAACAGUGGAACAACACUUAAGACUUUCCUUUGGCACUGUGUUUAGGCAUUGGAAAAAAAAUCCUUUAACAAUGGAAAACAAAGCAUGUCUUCGAUACCAAGUAUCUUCUUUAUGUGGAACAGAUAAUGAAGAUAAAAUUACUACUGGAAAAAGAAAACAUGAAGAUGAUGAGCCAGUGUUUGAGCAAAUUGAAAACACAUCCAAUCCUUCUAGAUGUCCUGUGAAAAUGUUUGAAUGCUACUUGUCUAAAAGUCCACAGAAUCUUAAUCAGAGAAUGGAUGUUUUUUAUUUGCAACCAGAAUGCUCUAGUUCUACAGAUAGCCCUGUCUGGUAUACAUCUACUUCACUGGACCGAAACACCUUGGAAAAUAUGCUUGUACGGGUUCUUCUAGUAAAAGAUAUUUAUGAUAAAGACAAUUAUGAACUGGAUGAAGACACAGACUAAAAAGGAAUGUUUCAGAAGCAAUCGGGAUAAAAACAGCAUUAGGUAGUCAUGCUGCUAGAUCUUCAUUAUGGAAAACAUUUCAAGUUUACUCCUGUUUUGAGUUUUGUAGCAGUGUACCCACACUGGGUAUUACCAUGUAAAUAAUCUGUGAGUGAAAGUUGCCAUUAUUCUAUGUAGUGGUUUUAGAAUACUUAACAAAUACAUUCAAAUCCUUUUUUUUUUAUUAUUAUUUAUUUGAUUAGGUAUGUUUGUAACUUUUUACAUUACAAAAUACGAAUGAGAAUGUGCCAUGUAUAAUUUUUUUCUUGUAGUAAGAAACAUCCAUAUUGCACAACUCUACUGUUGCAAAGCUUCCUCAACAAGGGGCGCUUUUACUGGGUUCUUGACCAGAUGGUUGUGUAUGGGUAGCACUACUAAAAGUUUAGAACUUGCAGUGUCUUUCAGAAUUUUUAAAAUAAACUGUAAACUAAUAGGCUGGGUUUUUGUUUUGUUUUGGGGGGUUUUUGUUUGUUUGUUUUUAUGUUUUAGUUACUGAAGCCUUACAAGUUAUGUAGAGAGAUACCAUCUUCUGUACCAAAAAUAGACAAGAGAAUGCUGUCAAUAUUGGUGUACUGUAAUGUGAAUCUAUACUGGUGAAAACAACUUUUUGUUCCCCUUAUUAAAACCUUAGUGUCCUUU